UGUGAGUGUGUUUCUGGGCGCCAUUGCUGUACCAUUCUGUGGACCAUGUUAAAAUAAACCACCCCAAAGUCAGAUUUUCCUACAAUCCUGUCUUGUUUCUGGCUGUUGAACUAUCUUUGGAGGAUAUAUAUGUUUCUUAUUUGGAGCAACGUUUAGCUCAGAUUUCUCAAGUUCAUGAUGAUGACGAAAUGGCUGGUACUGAUUUUGCUGUUGGCAAGUUUCUCGUGCACGUACGGUCAGGCCAACAACACAACUACUGCGAUACCAACCAAUACAACAGACUUUUUACCGCCCAUAACAUCAACAGAAGAUACCAAUAUGUCGUUCACUUUUAUAGCCCGUACCAACGCUUCGGCGUCCCCCGCCCUACCCCCGGAACCACAGCAGUACUGUAACGCCUCUAUCAUGGACGGACUCCAGCAGCAGUUUAAUCGGGAAUAUAUGGAUUACCACAAGUUGACGGAGAUCUCGGACGAAGACACCUGUAAUCUCAGGAAAAGUGUGGACGAGUAUCUUGUGGAUUAUUGUUCUCCAGCUAGUGCUGUGUACUGCGAUAGUUACUUUGACACCAUCAUGUGCUGGCCGCCCAGCCCAGUUGGGUUGAAUAGCAGACCAUGCCCAGAGGAGCUCAAUGGUGUUUCUUAUGAUACAUCAGACAACGUGACUAGAUACUGCAACUUGGACGGCACAUGGGCCAAUGGGAAUAAGUCAAACUACUCACUGUGCUCACCACGCAAUCUACCGGAAAUGACUGGCCACGAUGCUGUACUGAAGAUCAUGGUGUACAUUGGCUACAGUCUGUCCAUGGGCGCCCUGCUGGGAGCUUUUUGCAUCUUCCUGUUCUUUAGGUCUCUGAGAUGCGUCCGUAAUUACAUCCACUGGAACCUCGUUAGCUCGUUUUUAUUGCUGUACAUUUGCUUCUUUACUACGACAGCAGCAACCAACACAUAUUCAGAGAAACCCGGGCUACAUUGGCUUUGUAGACUUUCUUUCACUAUGAUGAUGUACAUCAUGAUGACCAACUUCUUCUGGAUGUUCGUUGAGGGCGUUUAUCUCUACACGCUUGUCGUCAGAGCAUUGACCGUGCGUAAAAAUCGGUUUUGGUUGUACUGCAUCUUCGGUUGGGGUGGUCCACUGCCGUUUGUCAUCACAUUUGUAAUAUUGAAACUAUUCAAUUCAAAGGAUUGUUGGGUUGAUGACGCUCCCGAAGUAUACCUGAUAGUUGCUCCCAUAAUCUGCGUGAUUUUAGUCAAUCUCUACUUCUUGGUUCACAUCAUGUGCAUUUUAUUCACCAAGCUACGAGCCUCACAUUCUCUAGAAACGCAGCAGUACAGAAAAGGAGUGAAGGGAACGUUAUUCCUCUUGCCUCUACUCGGUGUGACCUAUCUCCUAUUCUUACUUGGACCAAUUAGUGUACAGGUUCCCCAGCGGCCACCGUCAUUCUACGUGUACCAGUACCUGAACACAAUACUCAGCUCUAUACAAGGUUUCCUUGUGGCCAUUAUAUACGUUUUCCUCAAUCAAGAAGUACAAAACGUGAUCAAAAGGAAAAUACGACGAUGGCGAGAAGAGAAUACACUACCCACGCGGAUCGUCUCCAGGCGAGGAUCGAAUCAGCGAAACAGCAUCGGAAACAUUUUCGUUGGACGUCGAAGCGUCAACUGUAACACGAUGGCCGAUGACGACACUAAUGUAUCGGCCUUUAAACUCCCCGCUUGUAACCGCUCGCCUGAUGUAUAUUCUAACGGAUCCAAGGUACCGCCUUUUAUUCGACUCGACGAGAUACAACCUCUGACCCCGGCCUCUGAGACGCAUGCGUCACCACAGACGCUCUACUCGUCGCUGGGGUCAAACGGUGCUGACAGUGGUGACAUGCAACAGGUCAAUUUGGAAGAAAAAGAGGCCGAUGCAUCUUGCAAUGUGACCAACGGAUCGACAGACACCGACUGUAACGAGCUGCCACUGCUAGCAGUGAACGCAUGCGGGGCCCAGUCGCCUAACAGCUCCCCUGAUCAGUCACCCGGCGAAGAGCUCGAUCGAGUGAUUCGCAAGGAGUCUCAAAUUGCCACUGAGAAGGACCAGGAUUUACCUUACAGAACCGUGGACAACAAUGGCCUCUCGAAUGGGAAUCAUAACAACAAUAAUAGCUUGUCACCACGCCUUGCUCGGCCGAAAACAUCGCCCUUUACAGGAGGACGAACCAGGGUAACUUUUGCCGAAGAUCCGGUCCAAGAAAACCUGAAGAGACCAGCGUGUUGCGACCUGGGUAAAAACAAUGAAGGUCUUGCUCGCUCACCUACAAGAAAGGUGGAGGAACCGAUUGCGCGGGGGCACGUUGAGGGUGAUGAGUCGUUGGAAGGGGGCUACAGUAGUAAGCAGGACCCACAGAGGAGUCCAUUGAUCCCGUGUAUCCGUAAGAAACCCUGGGCUACCAAACCAAACGGGACCAUAGCAUUCCCUAAAGCUCCGGAGGGUACUCCAGUUUGACAGACUCUCGAUGAAGAACCAUCACAAAAGUGUCAACUGAAUCCUCAAGGAUAUAUAUAAAAACUAAGCAAACGGGGAGUCUCACAGAUGAUUAUGCCUUGGUGGACACCCCAAGCUUAUGUAAAUAGAUUAAGCAUCGUUCAAGUUCGUGUAAAACUUGCCGAAAAGACUACAUUCCAUGGAAAAGCUAACUAUUAUUUGUUGGUGUAGAGUCUGAAGUAAACUUUAUCCGUGCGUGGAAUUUUGUAGUCGUGGUUCAAGGAGUUAUAGCUGAAGUAUAUCCGGCAGGUGGACAUAUUAACUAUUGUAAAUAAUUAUUAUUGUCAGCUUGUUCUACGUUUGAAUGGAGUCUACACAAAUUACAAAAUGACUGUCAUGUGAUAAGACUACAGGUUGGAUAUUGUUACCGAUUGCUCCACACAAAAUGCAACACAUCAGGAAAUGCUUACCAUAUCGCUCAAAGUACAUACACUUUUAGUAGAGCGACAUUUUGGGUGUUUCCCAGGUGUUGUCUAUUGUCCAUUUUCUUUUAUAGUUCAUGUUAAAACAUCCUAUCAUUUCUAUUUUUGGUGUUUUUCAUUAGCAAACCUGCCCGUAAUGUAGUACAUGUCUACGCAUUCAACCCGAGGACUAUAACAAAAGGGAACCGGUAAAAUGACAUAACGGGGACAGUCCUCACUAAGUCCCAACAAUGGGAGAACAAAGGGGUGUCCUCGGUCUACGGCAUUUACAAACAUGUGUGCUCUCGUUCCCCGGACAGUACAUGCAACAUGGCAACUUGACGACAGUGGACACAGCACGGAGUUACAUUAGCCUUUCGUUUAGUGAGACAAACAAACUCUUCGUUAAGGAAGGUUUGUGAACAUAGUGCAGCGGGUAUUGUCAAAAGGUUACGGGAGAUAGACAUAGUCCGUUGUCAGCAGUAACAGACAUGCGCCACUGACAUUCCGAAGUGGCUUAAAAGCCCGAAAACUGUCUUUAAUUGUCAACAGAGGGCGCCCACACAAAGCUGCGUUCUCAGCCGUACGUUUGAGCGAGAGCCGACAACUCUCAAUGAUAAACGAUUUUUGUGGGGAAAAAAAAGAAAAAAAAAGAAGAAAAAAAAGCGUAGGGGCGGACUCAAUGUGCUUAAACUGGUAAACAUAAUUUUGUUUUAAUGUGGCAUGCAUUCAUACUAUUUGUUUCUUUUUUUUCAAACAUCACUUACAUUUUCGUAUUCAUACAAUAUUGUAGUUUAUUGUACAUAGUAAAUGUAUAUAAGUAUUAUCCUAUAAUCGAGUUAGUGCCUAUUCCUAAGACGAGGUUACGUGUCUUGUAAGUUUGACAGAAAUGUUAUUGAUCUAUUUAUCCGUGAACCUAAUUGUCGACAAAGGCAGAGAAACUUGAAGGCCUGGAAACGUUUAAUAUAUUCUGGCAUAACAACUUAGUAACGAGCAAUGGCGGUAUAAUAUUAUGUGUUGAGAAACUGUUCCCUCUGACAAACUGCUCCCUUCUCAACAAAAUAUUGAAUAUGAGAAACACUUCAGCCUUACUCGGGUACCUUAAAGCACAUACAAGGUGAAAGCACAUACAGUGUGCGACAAGGGUGUUUUUCCUUUCAUUAUUUUUCUGCAACGUCGAUGACCAUUGAAUUGAGCCCAAUUGAUCGACUACAGAUUUGUUAGUUUGUGGUUAUAGUGGGAUACACAAAGUGAUUUAUUACAAAACGUGUCCAGUGCCUUUAAGUCGACACUCGUAACCGACGCAUUGACUGAUACAAUAAAGAACUCAAAUUAAAGUGGUAUUGUGUAUAAAUUAAAACUAAAUGUCUGAGUAAAAACCAAGCCAUACACUUAACAUAAUAAUGAUCAAUCUCUACCGUUGUAUCUUGUUAUAAAACUGAUCGGUUAUAGUGUUGUGCCAUAUCCCCUCAAUUAUACUAGCCACAUGUGGCCGCUUGCGUCAAAGUCAUAAGCCCCUUUCACACGAGAGCAAUUUAGCAAGGGUCCCUUGCUAAGGUGUAGCAUGGUUGUACAAUUUUACAAAAAUGAAUACCUUGUGUGAAAGGACAACAAUAUUGUUCUACUCUCGAUGUUUUCAUACAAAAUCUUGUCAAACAUGACUACACUAAUAAUUAGAACCAUGCUCUAAGCAAGUGACCCCAGUUAUAUUACUGUCAUGUGAAUAGCAGUAUUUACACUAAUGACACAAUUGUAAUUGACCUGAGAAUGGGCUGGGCUCACCAAUAUUUUUUAAUCAACAAAACGUCCAUUAUGAUAUUGUCAUUGAUACAUUUUGAUAUAAUACUCGUCAUUGGUUUACCCAGUGUUGUGAAGUUUGACCCAUAUGUUUCAACACUUCUCUGUUCCGACAUUCCUGGUGUAUCACCAGUGAGUUUGUUAUGGUUGUCUGAACAUAGGAGCGUCGGAACACGGAGCAGUUACCAUUGUGAAUACUAUUCGGAACAAACGGAACAAGUUGCACGUUACAAUAUUAUGUAGACUACAUGUAAGAGUCUGAUGGUGUUAUUGUUUUCUCUCUUAUUUCAGAAUUAAAUGAUUGAAUAAAAUUAAGUCUAAGUAAAG